AUGGCCAACCCAUCAUUCAAUGCUCCAGAAGCUUUGAAGCUCAUACUCGAUGGAUUCUCUGUCCACAAAGGCGAUCGGGGAGAACUAUUAACACUUCUUCUUCUGACACUGGCAAGGGAUGCAACAGUAGUAGAGGCAGCCACACACCUCAUAACUCCCAGUGAUGCUCGCAGCCGCAUACUUGCGAUCCCUGACUUCUUCGGAAACCUACUGAAAUGCACUGCGAAACCCACCAAAAUCGUGAGACAGUUCAUAGACGAGUUCAAGGGAUGCUUCAUGCACUUCAACCACUUCAUCAAGGUCCAUGAAUGGGCCCUGUUACGUCAAGACUACUUGUUAGGCUAUAUGGCCCGCGGAGCAGCUGUGCUAUGUGCAAACAAUCAGCCGGGAGUGGACAUCGUCUUGAUGGGCAUGCAUGGCACAAGAGCGCACACAUCCAAUCUGAUUCCCAUUUUGGUGCAAACGAAAAACGAUGCGACAUAUACUGCACAGCCUGACGAUGCCCUUUUCGAUGCAAUGGAUCCUUACGCAUUGAAAAUAUGGGAUCAUGUCACCGCGAAGACGACCAAGCCAGUCAUUCGCAUUGUUUUUGCACUCGCCGUUCAACGGGAAGAUGCCCGGCUGACAGUGGUCAAGAAGACAAAAACAUCAGUUAUCAAUGGCGUUGAGGCGAAAUUUGAGGCUUACGACUUCUGGGUUGCAGGUCUAGCAUCCGGAGUCCUCACUCCAAUACCACCCCAAGCAGAGGAUUUAUGGGAUGCACUGCUGCAGGCAUCGUAUGGCUGGAACGAGCCGUACAAGGGUCUUAAUGCCCGUCCAAAGGCCUUGCGAAGGUCGAUGAACGCCGGCGGUGGAACUCACCCUGACCACUGGGAUUCCUGGGUGUUACCCCGGUCAGCAAGUCAUGACAUCGCCACUAAAACAAAAGGAAAGGGCCAAACCGACUCGGAGGAUGUAUUCGGACUCAAGAACCCGAAUCCCUCCGUUCCACCUCCAGCAAGGAGCUCGGCUAGUACAGAACAGGCGUCGCGGUCACGGAACACUGGUACCAGGUGA